AUGGCGCAGAUAUUCACCGGUUUCAACGCACCCCUUUACCCCCGGGUAAAGACUGAAGUGAUCGACUAUGAAGGGCCGUCCCCGAUGACCGCCGCCGGCCUGCCGCAACCGUCGUCGACGACCACUGCGAUGUCGGUCGCCGCUGGUCAACUGGCCAGAUACUCCGACGCACCAGGUAUCACUCAGUCGUUAAUCACCUCGUUUUCUCUUCGCCGAGUCUCGUUAAGAGCCGACGUGGCGGAUCGGCAUACAAUUUCCCUGACCUCGGUCGGUGUUACCGGCUCGAUUUCCGCGCACCGCGUGAACCCAAGACAAAAACACCUUCGCCAUUCUCGGAAAGAGCUGAAGAAGCCGAAAAUGUCCCCUCUUCCUCCCUCACUUCCUCUUUGCACCGAUGCAAUUUCUGUUCGGAAGUCCGGGCGAAAUCGUUGGUGUUCGGCUCAGGUGUAA